GUGAACGCUAUUCUGUAUUGUUCUGUAUCGGCGUGGAUAUUUAACGUCUUCGGUUCUACGCGUCUUCCUAGUUUAUUGUAUCUUGUAUGACGUUAGAUUUGUCUUUGUUAGGAGGGCGUGCAAUUUUCACGAUCUCCGUGCAAAUAUUUGUGUGACGAUGCCAAAGAGAAAGAAUCAGGCCCUCAUAGAUUCUGAUAGUAGUGGCAGUGCAUCGGAAAGUGGCUCGGAUCUAGAGAAUGACUUGUUAUCUCUUGCCAAAAAGAAGAAAGGCAAAACUCAAGAUGAUUCUCAAUCUAAUGAAGACACUGGAACUACCAAAAAAGAAAACCAUGAUUCAGACACAUCUGAUUCAGAUGAUGAUUGGGGUACAAAGGCUGGUAAAAAUAAGAAAAAGAAAGUGCCAGCAAAGAGAAAUAAACGAAAGAUGACGAAAUCUAGUAGUGAAGAAAGUGCUAGUGAAAAGGAACCUGAAAAAGUUUCUGAACCAGAAGAAGGUGAAGUUUCAGAUUCAGAUGCUAGUGUUUCUGAUUCUAGCCAAGAGGAAUUUAAUGAUGGCUAUGAUGACAAAUUGAUGGGAGAUGCGGAAGAUCAGGCAAGACUUGCUCAAAUGACAGAGAAAGAACGUGAACAAGAAAUCUUCAAACGUAUUGAACAACGUGAGAUAAUGAAAACAAGAUUUGAGAUUGAAAAGAAGCUGAGAAUGGCCAAAAAACAGGAAUUAAAGAAGCAAAAAGAAUCAAGAAAGAAAGAAAAGAGUACAGAAGAGAAGAAAGUAGAUAGAGCUCCAGAUCCUAAAGAAAGAAGUAAAGAUCGUAAGAAGACAAUAGAAGAGAAACAAGAUAAAAAAUUCCAUGCAAUGUCUCUCUUAAAAGCAAGAAGAGAGGAGAAGAAAGAGAGAGAGGAGAAGGAAAAACAAAGGAUAGAACAACAACAACAACAAUCAAAGGAUAUUGAAGAAGAGGAAUUAGAGGAUGACCACAAAGGAGGUGCAAAUAAAACAAAGCUUAAGGCAUCUGAUAUUUAUUCAGAUGACAGUGGUUCAUCGGAUAGUGGUGAAGAUGAAGAAACUGCUAAGCCAUCUUCUCAUCGCAGAUCAUCUUCAAGUGACAGUAGAGAUUCCGAUUCUGAUAAUGAUAAAAAGUCUGUUACUAGUAAUAAGGCCAAACCGAAGAAACCAAUAUAUGUUAAUACCAAGGAAGAUCUGAACAAAAUCAGAUUAUCUCGUCACAAAAUGGAAAGAUUCGUGCACUUACCUUUCUUUGAUAGAGUAGUACAAGGUUGCUUUGUCAGAAUUGGCAUUGGAAAUAAUAAUGGUAAACCUGUUUAUAGAGUAGCUGAAAUUAGUGGAGUCUGUGAAACAGGAAAAAUUUAUCAACUUGGUGGUACAAGAACAAAUAAAGGCCUGAAACUGAGGCACGGAGCUCAGGAACGCGUGUUUAGAUUAGAAUUUGUGUCAAAUCAAGAAUUCACGGAGUCUGAAUUCUUUAAAUGGAAAGAAACUUGUGCUUUGCAAGGAAUAUCUAUGCCCACAUUUGAGGAAGUUGAACAGAAAUUGAAAGACAUUAAGGAAGCGUUAGUUUAUGAAUUCAAAGAAGAAGACAUAGAGAAAAUAGUACGAGAAAAGGAACGAUUUAAACAGAAUCCAUAUAAUUAUGCGAUGAAGAAAGCUCAACUUAUGCGGGAAAGAGAUGCAGCUAAUUGUAGAGGAGACGAUGAAACUGCUACUCGACUGAAUCAAGAGUUAAGCGAGCUUGAAGAACGUGCUUCUGAGCUUGAUAAAAUGCGAACGGCUACAAUUUCUAGUAUAUCUUAUAUUAAUGACCGUAACCGAAAGAAAAAUGUUGAGGAAGCCGAAAAAGCUAUUAUGGAAGAAAUAAAAGCUAAUAAAGGUAAAAAGGUGGAUGAUCCGUUUACUAGACGUAGCACAAAACCAAGAAUGGUUUACAAACCAGAAGACGACGACGUAUCAACUGUUGCUCCGGUGAAUGAUAAGACAGCUACCCAACAAGCUGACACUAUAACAACAAAUAAUGAAAAGGAAAAUGGACAAGAUAGCAAGAAAAAACAAAGUACAGAGGAUUUAUUCAAUGCUCAUGACUUUGAUAUAACAAUUGAUUUGGAGGUACCAAUUCCAAACAAUCCUGUUAGUGUACUGCCGAAGCCUAUUAGCAAUAUUAAAGACACAGGACCUCGACGAUCACUGAAUUUAGAAGAUUAUAAAAAAAAACGGGGACUCAUCUAACGUUCUUUUAGGUUUAGAUAUCAGGAAAAUAUUGGAAGGAUAAGUUGUAAACAUAAUCGUGUAGUCGUGGAACUAUGCACCUUAGUCCUUCGAUAACCUGAUUAAUUGUAAAAAUAAGGACAACAUUUUGUAUCAGUUGACUGAGAAACUAGCUUAUUUAUAGUUCUCGUGUAAUAUUAUCUUUUGUUAUACAUCUCCUUCUUUUAGAAAGGAUAUAGGUAGUUUCUACCAUAUAGUUAUAUU